GAUGACCAUCUACAAAAAGUGCUCUAUGCAUCGCGUCAUGCUCUGUGCGAUAGUUUAACCAAGUUUCAGAAGGCAGGUCCUCGCACUGAUAUUGAUAUAAAGACCCUCUCCCACCAGACCCUUAUUUCACCGCACAUCCCAGAUUGUCCCUCCAGCCACGACACAGCUCGCAGCAGACAAGAUGCACUCUAUCACAGCAUCCCUUCUUCUCUCGGCUUCGGCCUUGACGGCUGCAAAGUAUACUUUCGACCCUCUGGAGCACAUGUCAGGCAUUGCGCCAUACUUCGAACCCGAGAACCCUCCCUUCGACCCUGCACCGCCUCAGGGCUGCAAUGUCACUCGCGCCGCUUACCUCGUCCGUCACGCCGCCAUCUACGCCAACGACUUUGACUACGAAUCGUACAUUGAGCCUUUCGUCAAGAAGCUCGAAGCAAGCCAGGGAAACAGCUCCAUUAGCUGGGACCGCUCACACGCCUUGUCUUUCCUGAGCACCUGGACAAGCCCCAUUGAAGAUGAAGACAUCGAGAACUUGUCCAAGGUCGGCAACCUGGAAGCUAUGAAACUUGGUGUCGACGUUUAUCAACGUUACCAACACUUCAAGCAGCCAGCCAAGGUAUGGACAAGCACUGCGGAGCGCACUGUGCUCAGCGCCGAGAGCUUCGUCGAGGGUUAUGCCAUCAAGGAGAACGAGACGGAAAUUGUCCAGAUUGGCGAAUACAAGGAGACUGGCGCAGACUCCCUCACCCCUUACAAGGCUUGCCCCGCCUACAGUGGCAGCAGAGGAAGCUCCCAGUCCAUGGUCUUCCAGAAGAAAUAUACUGCUCCCAUCAUCUCGCGUUUCCGUCAUGAGGUCCCUACCUUCAACUGGACUGCUUCCGACAUCUACGGCAUGCAGCAGCUGUGCGGUUACGAGACUGUCAUCCGUGGAGACUCGCCUUUCUGCUCUCUAGACCUGUUCAGCCCCAACGAGUGGCUCCAAUUCGAGUACACCAACGACAUCAUGUACCACCACAACACCGGCUAUGGUAACCCUGCCUCUGGAGCCAUUGGCUACCCCUGGGUCAAGUCCACUGCCGACCUCUUGACCUCGAACAAUGCCAGCCAGGACAUCUACGUUUCCUUUACCCACAGAGAGCUUCCUCCCACCGUGCUUGUUGCUCUCGGCCUCUUCAACAACACUGCUUACUCGGCUUCUGAUGAUGUCAACGCCACCAUGCCUUCCGACGGUAUCAAUCCUCAGCGCGCCUGGCAGAGCAGCAAGUUCAUGUCUUUCCUGACAAACAUUGCCAUCGAGCGUCUUGAAUGCGACAGCUUCGGCUUCCAGGACAACGCAAACCAGACCGGUGAAUAUUACCGCAUCUUGGUCAACAAGAACCCCCAGCUUUUGCAGGAAUGUACCGACGGUCCUGGCGAGAGCUGCUCAAGAGACAGCUUCCUCAAGUUUAUUGACGAGAAGACUGAAAGGUUCUCGGGCUUCUCUGAGAAGUGCGGUGUUACCUACAGCAACUCGACUGAUGCCUUGACCAUCUACUAAUUGAAAAGUUUGCACGAACCUGUAAAUAUCUAUACCUAAUGAAAUAAUGUCUAUCCUUCA